AUGCUUUGGCAAAGCUACAGUGCUCAACAAUUUGAUCUUGUCCAAAUGCUGUCCAUUUGUACCAAGUUUCUACGAAAAGGCAUCUUUCCUGUUAUCCCCUGGGCCACAUGGACCAAGCCGAAGCCAUUAGGUGGAUUAGGUGUUCUGGAUGUUGCUCUGCAACAAUCAGCCCUAUACUUUCGUUGGAUUCAACCGCUCUUCCAUCCCUCUGACUCGCCCCACAUCCUAGAUCUCAUGCUGGUCAUGCUAGUGAAUAAGCAAAAUCAGAGUGCGCAUGUGCAGGUUCCGUUGCUCUUUCCCCUCACACGAACCACUGGUCUCACUAAACAACGCACCAACACGGUAACAAUGAUCUACAAAUCAGUUGACCACCUCAAACGCAUCAAUGAAUCAGUUCACCUCAAUAUUGCUACCGCCUCAAUCCUACCUGUCAAAGCCAUUCUGCAGCCGUCUGUUACUGUCUCCAAAAUGCCGAUUAGGGCCACUCAGUUGCAAGUACAGGAUCUUUAUCAACCCAAUCCUGACCAACCUCUGCAACUCAAAGAAAGAAAAGCACCAACCAUCCCAGCUGACAUUCGACGCGCUUGCAAGAAAAUCCUGAAGCAAAUCAACGAGAACAAAGUACAUAUCCAACCGUACUUUAACCUCAUGCUACAACCCCCUCAGGAUGGCACCAACCGCACAACCGACAUCUCCUUCAAACCGUUCAUUGAUUCCUAUGACUUCAACAGCCAGCAAGACCUCACUCGACGGAUUUCAACCAGAACAUUCGGCAUAGCAUGCAUCGAGGCUCACACCUUCAGCAUCGCCAGGUCCAACUGGAAUUUCUUCUGGUCUCUGUCCCUGAACCCUGUCCACCGUAAUGUCAUCUAUCGCUUCCUCACCCACACCAUCCCGGCCAAACGCCUGCUACACUACUUUGAGAUAGCUGAAUCACUUCUCUGCCCGAUCUGUGGUAACGAAGAAAAUGCUGUACACUUGCUUUUCCUCUGUUCCAGUAGGAUAUCCAUCUGGAAAGCUAUCAUCUUUGAAUUCUUGUGGCUAACCGUUUCGAUUGGUGAUAUUAUCCAAGCCUGUUCCUCGCUUGACUUUGAAAACAUCAAGUAUGUCUCCAAAUCAUACAUCACUGCUCACAUGGUCGUACUGGUAACACUUGGCAACAUUUGGCGAGCUCAAGUUCGUAUGAUCUUUCACUCGACUCCAUUUACAUCGAUCGAUGUGGUCCAGCAGAUCAAGAACGAGCUCCUUCAACUACAUGCCCAAACUGAAAUUCACAAACAAUUGUAA